AUUUCGUAAAAUAACAAUUUAGUCACUCGAAGACUUUCAAACCGUCUUUAUGUCUAAAUUUCGAUUUGUUUACGUAAAAAAAGAAAAAACCGGUGACGAAUCAAAAAGUGUAACGGAACGUUGAAGUGAAUGUACCAUCCAAAUGACAAAUUAAAAAGUUUUUAUUUUUCUUAUAUUGGUACGAGAUUUUAUUGAUUGUUUUCUUUCAUAAGAUUUUCGGCCAGACGGCGACUGAAAUUGCAAGUUACUGUGAUAUAUUUAUUUUCAAUAAUUAACUAUUCUUAUCAACCAAUUAAAUGAGCAGGGAAAUCGAGUUAUGUCUAUAAGUAAUGGAAGGUACAGAACUGGGUGGCGACCAGCAAUUUUGUUUGAGAUGGAACAAUUUUCAAGCGAAUAUAACUUCUCAAUUCGAGGCAUUGCGCGAUGAUGAGGACUUCGUGGAUGUCACCCUGGCAUGUGAGGGGCACCGGCUGGAGGCACAUAAAGUGGUUCUUUCGGCAUGUAGUCCAUAUUUCAAGGAAUUAUUUAAAAACAAUCCAUGUCCUCACCCUAUAAUAUUCAUGCGCGACUGCGAGGUGUCGCACGUGCGCGCGCUGCUACAGUUUAUGUACGUGGGACAAGUGAACAUAGCGCAGGCGCAACUCAGCGCUUUUCUACGAACUGCCGACGCGCUGCAAAUUCGAGGUCUCACAGACUGUUCACAACACAACGACAAAAAAGUGAAUCGAAAAUCACCUCCUUCCCAACUACGUAAUUUGCUCAGCGCCAAGCCGUCACACUCUACCUCCUCUUCCAAAGCCGCAAACCAAAAUGUCGAGACGACAUCUGUUGAAGACCAAGAUCAAAAUCGUCGCUCCACGAGAAAUUCUCCCGAUGUUGCCAGAAACAAUCUCAAUGAAGAAGCUCCUUUUCAAACUUCUAGUCAAACGAGGCCUAAUAAUGAUGACUAUAGAGAAACUCCCAAUUACCCAGCUCUGAGGGUAAAAACUGAUCUCGAAGCACCUGAUGUGAAAAAUGAAGAGAGUGAUAUACUUAUGGACCCUGGAGACCCUGAAAGAACAGACAAAUGCCAAGAAUUCAAUGCAACCGAUCUUCUGGAACCAAAAAUGGAAGUAAUGGAACAAGAGGCCAGCGACGAGGAGCGUUCUAACUUCCCACAGAUCUACUACAACGAGAACAACGCGCUCGCGAAUCCAUUUGCUGCACUGCAAGGUAAUAUGGAUCUGAUGGCUGGGAUGAACACGGAGCUACGAGACGAGAACGCGGAAGGUAAAUAUACUUAUUGCUUGUUCACUAUCACGUCAUUAUCACACGCACACGUCGACUCGGACAGCCGCGCCCCCGGCGAACCUCCUUUUUAGCGAUUUGACGAAAAAUAAUAAUUCGGUCACAGUAGAGAGCGCGCGGUCUCGUAUAGUGUAUCAGGUGGCUAGGCGCGCGGGUGU